ACUUUGUCGGUUACACCGUUUUCUGCCACGCAGGCACACUGGAGUCAGCCAACCGCAGUGGAUGGGUGGGAUCACCCCUGAACAGUCUGGUAGCCACGUAGCUAGCUAACAACGUUAGCUGUGUUGCUAACGUCAGCGAACGUCACAAUGGACUUGCCACACCAAGGAUACCGAGCAACUAAACCGAGAGCUCGUGCAGCUCCCCCCACUGCAGAUUCUGUCCUGUUUGACGACACCAGCUCUGCAGCUCCAGCAAUGAACAAUCAAGGAUACUACACUCCUGGGUACAAUAUGGCAGGACCCUCACAUGACAUGCACGCAGGUGCUGGGUCGAACAACCUGUUUGCUGACCCAAUGGCCAACGCUGCAAUGAUGUACGGCUCCUCAUUAGCUAACCAAGGAAAGGAUAUGGUUAACAAAGAGAUCAGUAGAUUCAUGUCCGUGAACAAGCUGAAAUACUUCUUUGCCGUCGACACCAGAUAUGUAUUGAAGAAACUUAUGAUCCUCAUGUUCCCGUACACACAUCAGGACUGGGAAGUUCGUUACCAUCGGGACACUCCACUGACUCCAAGACAGGAUGUGAAUGCACCAGAUCUUUACAUACCAACAAUGGCUUUCAUAACCUACAUUUUACUCGCUGGAAUGGCCCUCGGCAUUCAGAAACGGUUCAGUCCAGAGGUUCUUGGACUGUGUGCCAGCACCGCCCUCGUAUGGAUCAUCAUUGAGGUCUUGGUGAUGCUGUUGAGCUUGUACCUGCUGACAGUACAUAGCGACCUCUCAACCUUUGAUCUCAUCGCCUACAGUGGAUACAAAUAUGUUGGGAUGAUCUUCACAGUGUUGUGUGGCUUACUGUUUGGCAGUGAUGGUUAUUAUGUGGCCCUCGCCUGGUCCUCCUGUGCCCUUAUGUUUUUCAUUGUUCGAUCUCUGAAAAUGAAGAUCCUUCCCUCUCUCUCCUCGGACACCAUGGGAACUGGAUCAAGUGCCAAACCUCAAUUCCGCCUUUAUAUCACUGUGGCUACUGCAGUGUUCCAGCCAAUCAUUAUAUACUGGUUAACCUCUCACCUGGUCAGGUGACCAGGAGGCAUUAAAUAACCUGAAGUCCAAGUGUGUUGGACCUAAAACGUGGUUGUUGAGUGUUUGUACACCUGCCUUUUUACGCUCUUUUGUCAGUAAACUCAAAACAUAUGUAGACGGUGUUGAGCUGCAGCGUGUGUCGAGCUUGUCAGACGGACAUGUUUGUAAUGAAAUGGUUUUGUUGAUUUCACCACAGAGUGUGACGCAGAAAGUGUCUCACUGGAAGUUGUUUUCCAACAUGGGUGUACAGUAACUCUGACAAAUGUUUAUUUUUGGCCACUUAACUUUGAAGAAAAAGGGCUUUCAUUGUGAGGUUUGUUUUAUUAUAACUCAGUUAAAGUUUUCUUAUAUACAGUGUCCCUUCACAUGAUUUACAGUAUUUGCGCUCCACAGUACACACACCACACACAUCAAACGCAUAUUACACACAUGAUGGAAGUACCAUUUUUCUGGUAUGGUAUUGUUGCUGCAUUAUCCCCUUUUUUUCUUGUGAGUCCUGGAUUUUAUUUAUCUAAAAUUGACAGCAUGACAAUGUUUGAAUUUUUUGUAGAAAAAAAAUAAAUAUAUUUAGCUUUGUGUAUUCAA